AUGGGCCACAUGAAGACAAAACCCACUGAAGAAUUCAAAGAUAAGGAUCAUAUCAAGGGGCAACGGCUAUCUCCUUCAUCAGAUAACGACAAAGCUAAAAUUGCGGAGCAAGGAGGGAGAGCAUCUACGAGUACGACCAGUCAAGUCAAAUUAGCCAACAAUUUGCCCUUCUGUCAUCGUUAUCUGAAGGAGCAAUGGAUGCUUGACAUAUGGCGGAAGAUCUAG